AUGUCGUCACCUCAAAAUAAUAAUGAUCACAAAAGCUCUGAGGGCUGUCAUACACUCUCACCCCAACUGUUGAUACAUCAUCAUCAACAACAGCAACAACAACAACACCAACAACAUUUGUUUCAUAUGCAGCAAAUGCAACAAAUGCAAAACUAUCAAAAACAACAACAGCAGUUGCAACAGCAUCAAGACAUACAAACGAAACCUACAUUUGACUCUGAUAGCUGUUUGGCACAAAAACGUAAUCUUUAUGCCAUUAAAGAGCAAAUCGAAGACGAGGAUGAAGAGUUGGGUGAAGAAAAUAAACGUCAAGCUAGUGAAGCAUUGGAUGUUGCAUACGAUGCAGAUGUUGAUGAUGAUAUACCAAUGUGUAGUGGUGUGACAGUUGUUAUGACAACCACAGAGAGUUGUGAUAAUGGUAGUGGUGUUGGCAAUGGUGCUGCGGAAAAAGCCUUAAGGGUGGAGGAGGAAAGGCAGCAUAUCUAUGAGCUUUUCCAACCCUGGGCUUUGAAAACCUAUGGCGACCAGGCCAAAACUAAAACCAUUACCAUGCGCAAAAAGGUUAGAAUCUUGAAGGCUUUGGAAGGCAAAGAGCAUAGUCGGCCGGAUAGUUCCAAGUUUAGAUUUUGGGUUAAAAGUAAAGGUUUCACCACUAAACGCCCUGAAAGCUUUGAGGAUGCACCCUGUACACCACGCCCUAUGAAACCUUUAGCACCCAAUGCCAUACUUUCCGACAAUCCGGCUGAUGUGGAUCUUUAUGUGGCUUCUACCAAUAAGGAUUUCCAAAGUCCCUUGCGUCAUUAUCGCAAAGUGGCUGUUGUGGAAGAAUUCUUUGAUAUCAUCUACAACAUACACAUGGAAUUGGGCGGUAGAAGUGGCAUGCAUGCGGGACAAAAGCGUACAUAUCGCAUAAUCUCCGAAACCUAUGCUUUUUUGCCUCGAGAAGCCGUCACCAGAUUUCUUUCCAUUUGCCCUGAGUGCAAGAAGAACCUAAGACCUUCUUCUCCCUCCACCUCAGCUCAAGUUAGAGAUGAGGUGGUGGCAGUGGCACCAAAUGAAAGCUCCUCUGAAUUGGAGGUCUUAAAUUAUUCCUCACACACUGAAAGUUCUUUGGAAGGGGGAUCCACUACAAAAACUUUAACAAAAUUACCAGCACCUUUAGCCGCCUCUUUAGGCCAGCCUAUAAGUUUGGCUAAAAAACGCAGAUAUUCUAAUCCAGAUAAUAAUUCUAAAGCUUUUGUUGCCCCUGCUGAGCUGGUAGAUUUAACUCAAUCUUUACCCAGACGUAAUUCAAGUCCUAUUAUCAGUUCGGGAUCUAGUAAUAUACCGCCACCAACUCAUGCUUCCUCUAAUUUACCCAAAAUAAGAGUUAAUCCUCAUUUGCAAAGACCCUUUACCCCACCCUUAAUGGAAGGUUCGGCUUUUGCCCCUGCUCAUUAUGGUUUUGGUUAUGAUUUUCAUUUUCUUAAAUCUCGCGAUAAUUUAAUGCGUUAUUAUGAUUUUAUGCGAAGAAUAUAUUCAGGAAAUCUUUUAAUGCCUCCAGCUGUUAGUACCGCUCACUUACCACCCCCGCCUCCUUUGGCAACUGUUAUAAAUAAAGAAAUGUUACCCUCAUUACAAAAGUCCUACUCUAAACCUUUAGAGCCUUUGCACUCCACUUCUUCCUCGGAAGAUGAUGCUGACAAUAUCACUGUGCUAUCAGCCAAAAGAUUUAAAAGCUCUGCCGAAAGCUCGCAAACAACAAAAGCUUUAACAUCCUCCGGUCACUUUCAAAUACCAGCAAUUGCUACAGACUUUAUACAACCCACACAAAUCCGUGCAAUUAAUCUGUCCAAAAAUUCUUCUCCUUCUACUUUCAGUGACAAUGAGAAAUUAGGUUUCGAACCCAAGACUCCCCAACCCAUCAUUAACAUACCAACGCCUGCAAACAUUUCAGCCACUUCAACACCCACUUCAGUUAAAAAGGAAGCAGUAACUCCACCAAGAGCUUUCUCACACACAAGUCUGCGUGUACCUCAAAUGCGUUCGGUUUCAACAUUGGCUCCCUUGGAUUUUGAACGUUUGAAGCCUAUCACCUCCACAUAUCUGCAGUUAACACGCAGCAUGGGCUUAAGCGAUGAAGAGGCUUUGCGUUUUGACAAUGUGUUUAUCUCUUCUAUGACAUGCCUGGCUUUGUAA